AAACAACCCAUUCAACCUCCUCUUUCCUCUCUCCCUCUGAAAAUUCGGGAUAUUGAGAGAGGACACCGCUUCAAUCCAUCUCUCACAAGAUACAAUCAGAACCAAUUUUCCUUCAGAAGUUAACUAAAUUAUGGAUCAGAUUAUGGGCAAGUUCGGAAGCUACUGGUUCAGUAACAAAGCCAACAAAGAACUCAAUUCUGUCGGCGAUGACAUCAACAGCUUGCAAAGCAGUAUUUCAGGGGGAGCUACCUGGUUUGUCAACAAAAUGAAAGGAAAAAUGCAAAAACCACUAACCGACCUCCUCAAAGAACACGAUCUACCCGUAGGCAUCUUCCCACGCGACGCCACAAACUACGAGUUCGACGAACAAACAAAAAAACUAACCGUCUUCAUCCCCGCCAUCUGUGAAGUCGGCUACCGUGACUCAUCCGUGUUGCGGUUCUCAACAACUGUGACCGGUUACCUUGAGAAAGGAAAGUUUACAGACAUCGAAGGACUCAAAACAAAAGUCAUGAUUUGGGUCAAAGUCACUUGCAUUGCUUCCGAAGGAUCCAAGCUCCAUUUCACAGCCGGGUUGAAGAAGACCCGAACUCGAUCCGGUUAUGAGGUUCAUCGUGAUGGGAUUACGGUUGAGAAGUUUUGAGAUGUGUUUUAGUUGGUUUUGAGUUAUGGAAAAUGUGGGUGGAUGAUGUGUAUGUGUAUAUGGUUUUGAAUUUGUUGUGGAUUUGUUUAAGUUUUUGGUUGUUUGGUUUUGGUUUUAUGGUGGAUAGAGAAUAAUUUAUAAAGAAAAUAUUGUGUUUCAUUA